AUGAAGGAUGAUCACUAUCAGUGGUUAUUUGAAUUCUAUGUCAAGGCUUACCAGAGUACAAGUGUUUCCUUCUGUGUGAUAGGGAGAAUCCCAAUUGGUGAGGAUGUAUUUGUGAACAAUUGGAUUCAAAAGGUGAAGAAGAUUUCGUUGCUGGGGCAAGAGUACUGCAGUGGUGAAAAGAAGAAGCACGGGUCUUUUGUGAGGGUAUUGUUUCUUGAGAGAACAAAUGACGAUUUUCCCGCCUACCAUUCAAGUAGUCAUCAGCCAUUAGCUGAUCAAGGUCUGCAGUUGUGGGACAAGGGAUUUAUGGAAGAAGAUGCUUCGUGCAUUAUUCCAGUGCAUCGUCUGCAUUUGUGCUUUGCGUUGACUACGCAUAAAAUGCAGAGUGGGACGCAAAAGCACCUGGUUAUUCCACUGCCUAGAAAAGUAGUCACAUAA